AUGUCUCUUAUCUCCACCGUCAUAUAUGCGGCCAUUGUCGUGGUCGCCCUAGUCGGCGCCUAUCGUCUCUCACAGACUGGUAAGAGAGACAAGGUUCUUCCCCCUGGCCCUCCCACUCGACCGGUCGUCGGCAAUCUCUUCGAUAUUCCUCCACGCUAUGCACACUUGAAGUUCACGGAAUGGAGCAAGCAAUACGGACCAGUGAUCUCUUGCAAGUUGUUCGGCUCUACCAUGGUCGUCCUCAACGAUGCAGGAAGCGUUAUGGAGCUCAUGGACAAACGCAGUGGAUCGUCGUCUGACCGCGCACCAUCCUACAUCAAUAGCGAGUUCAUCAGCGCCAACAAUCAUCCACUACUCGUCGGCGCGUCUCGUAGCGUCCUCAUGCGCAAGAUAUACAAUACAGCGCUGGCUCAACGGCGUGUUCCGGAUUACCUUCCUUUGCAGAACGCUGAAUCUGUUGUGACAAUGCGAAACAUCUUGCAUGACCCUGAGAACUUCUAUGAAGAGUUGCGCCGAAUUUCCUGUUCACUGGCAUUAACUAUUGCCUUCGGGAAGCGUGCACCUACCUUUUCGGGCAAGGAUGCGAUAGGCUUCUCUGUUGAGCAUUUCUACCACGUCGCCCACGCGUUCAACUUUUUCCUGGAAGUCGGCGCCGCGCCGCCUCUGGACAUGUUCCCGAUCCUGAAAUAUGUCCCGGCGGCCUUUGCCGAAUGGAAGGGCCAAGCUAUCAAACUUCGGCAACAGAUGCAGCAACUGUAUCACACUAUGCUCCUGGGUGAGGUCAAGGAGAGGCUCCAGAAAAGUCAGAGCUACGGUUGCUGGAUGGAAUCCGUCAUCCAGCGGAACGAGGCAUCCGAUGACAUGAUGAAAGCGUGGGUCGGAGGUGGAAUGAUGGAGGCGGGCUCCGACACGACUUCCAGCGUGCUCCUGACGUUUGUUCUUGCUGCUGUCCUGCAUCCGGAGAAGGUUUCCAAGGCGCAGGCUGAACUUGAUGCGGUUGUCGGAUCCGACAGGUCGCCAAAGUUUGAGGAUCUCGAGUCUUUGCCCUAUUGUCGGGCGUUUGUCCUGGAGGUCAUGCGGUGGCGGCCGAUCCUGCCAGCCGGUGUCCCUCAUAUGACGAGCAAGGACGAAAUGUACAACGGCAUGCUGAUUCCGGCCGGGACGGUCCUCGUGCAGAACACAUGGGCUGUCCUCCAUGACCCUGCGAUGCACGACGAUCCUGAGCUGUUCAUGCCGGAGAGAUUCCUGGAGCACAAGUAUGGUUUGAAGAAGGGUCUUCCUGAGGAUCCAGCCACGUUCCGCAACACCUUUGGUUACGGGGCCGGUCGUCGCAUCUGCCUGGGCUUGUACUUUGCUGAGAAUACGAUCAAAGUCAUGGUAGCAAAGAUGCUGUGGGCAUUCAACUUCGGACUGAAGAUCGAUACCAAGACUGGGAAACCGAUUCCUGUGCGUGAUGAUGAUUUCCACCCGGGCCAUAUCACAGCUCCAGAGCCAUUCAAGUGCAGUAUCACUCCUCGUGGAGACGCAUAUACGCGCACCAUUGAAGAGGAAUUGAAGGAGGUCACGCCAAUGCUUGCCCAGUAUGAGAGGGGUAUCUCCGCCUAG